AUGACAAUUUUGGGAUUUUUAUUAGCACCGGACAGUGGUGAAAAACUAACGCUACAAAUUACAAUUCUUCUCUCCGUAAUUAUGUUUAGUUUAUUAAUGUUUGAAAUAAUGCCGCCAAGCUCUACUGCUGUUCCAAUCAUCACGAAAUAUUUCACAUGUAUUAUGAUAAUGUCAACGGUUUCGGUCGCAGCAUCCGUUUUAGUUAUCUCAAUCCAUUUCCGAAAUGCCCACAACCAUACCAUGCCAUUAUGGAUCCAAAAAUAUAUUUGUUACUAUACGGCAUGGCUAUUACUUAUGAAACAUCCUCGGUAUGAUUUAACUUGGCGUGGAAUACGUCAACGAUGGAACAUGCGAAAGGGAGAACUGAACGGUGAUGGUGAAUCAGUGACUAAGUAUCGUUACAAAUGUCGUUCAACACCGUUAGUGAAUAAUCUUUUUGAAUUCUUACCAUCAAAGAGUCUACCAUCGCAUCAUCAUUCACAUGAUUCAGCAAAAACGUUAAAUGCCUAUCAAACCGAUUGGAUCCGAUCGGAAUUGCGUAUUAUAGCUUCACAUUUAGCUAUUUUAAGUCGUCGUGUUCAACGAGAAGAAAAAUACAAUGAAGAUUCAGAAGAUUGGAAAUUUGUGGCAAUGGUCAUCGAUCGUCUUUGUUUAACCUGCUUUACUUUAUCAAUGAUUGUUUUUACUGGAUGGACUCUUCUUUCUGUACCUAGCAUGUUUAAACGUGGCUAG